AAUUAUCUGCAAGAAGAGAUUUUCUUCCCUAACUGCUAAAAAAGAACUUUUCUAAAAGUUAUGGGAAAUCAAGUUUCUUGCCGUAGUAGUGUUUCAAUUAGUGGCCAUCUCAUAGAAGCUUCAUGCAAGGUACUCCUCCCCGGCGGGGAAAUCCAGAAGCUCCGGGAGCCGAUCAAGGCGGCCGAGAUCAUGCUGGAACAUUCCGGCCACUUCUUGGUCAACGCUGGAUCCCUCGUCGCCGGGAGGAGGUUCUCCGGCGUCGCGGCGGACGAUGACUUGGAGUUCGGGAGUGUCUACGUCAUGUUCCCGAUGAAGAGGUUGGGCUCGGUGAUCACCGCCGCCGACGUGGGGAUGCUUGUCAGGGCGGCCGCCGCCUGCACGGAGAAAAGGGUGUCUGCUGGGAACGGGACAAAGGUCUCUCCGGCAGAGGGGGGUGUUGGUUCGCCGGGAAAUGACGUCGGCCGGAUUGACCUCGGGGUGGAGUAUCGCCGACAUAGGUUGUCGGCUUGUAGAUCGAGGAAGCCUUUGUUGGAAACAAUUGCGGAAGAACCUGGCCGUACACGUGGGAGUUGAUCAGGAAAAUCUACACUAAGGUUAUUUUUUGUUUGUGUUUGGGUGAAAAGUGAAAACACAUUACUAAAUCUAGAAAGGUUAGGAGGACACUACGUAAUGUCAAGAUAGGAUAAAAAGUACACCUUAGUUACCUCUAUGAAUGUUUGGUUUUUUUGUUGGUGAAUAGACAAUUUUUUCUGUGUUACACAUAGAAUAUUUUGUGACUGAAAACUUAUCAAUUCAUAUACAAAACAUCGAGUGUGUACAAGAAGUGAAAUUACUAACUCUGGUAUGAUGAGAGUGGUUUGUGAUUUUCAACCAAUGUUGUAAAACUCUCUCUCUUUUUUAUUUUACACAAUUAUAAUACUCCGUAAUAAACUAUUUUAGCCUAG